UUCACUAUUGAUUCUGAUUCCACUGACAGCUUUUACACUGAACGUGUUGCUUAAAACCUGUUUUUAAGAAGGAUUUCAAAUCUUUACAGGUCAGGAUGAAGUGGUUGGCGUGUGUAGGUGUGUUAUGGAGCUUCUCCAUCAUCUCCUCAGUUCACGGUACCUCAGAAAUCUGCCACGCGAAGCCCAAAGAUCUGCCCCUGGAGCCUGUGUGUAUUUACCGCAACCCCAACGUACCUGACGAUGAAGUACCACCAACCGAGGACCCCGAGAAGAUCCCUGGCUCUACCAACCCACGCGUCUGGGAGUUGUCCAAGGCCAACGGACGCUUUGCUCUUUCUCUCUUCAAACAGCUGUCUAAAGACAAGUCUCCUGAGGCCAACAUCUUCAUGUCACCUCUCAGCAUCUCCACGGCAUUCGCCAUGACCAAGUUGGGCGCCUGCAAUAGUACACUGGAGCAGAUCAUGAAAGUGUUCGAGUUUGAUACGAUAAAGGAGAAGACGUCGGAUCAGGUUCACUUUUUCUUUGCCAAGCUGAACUGUCGGCUCUACCGCAAAACCCACAACACAGUGGAACUGGUCUCGGCUAACCGUCUGUUUGGAGAGCAGACGUUCAACUUCCACGAAAACUACCAGAACAUCAGUGAGAUGGUGUACGGGGCCAAGCUGCUGCCGCUCAACUUUAAGGAGAAACCUGAAAUUUCCAGGUUGAAAAUCAACGAGUUGAUCUCAGAAAAGACCAACCACAGAAUAAAUAAUACUCUACCAGAGGGUUCAAUAGACCUAAAUACCGUCCUGGUCCUGGUGAACACCAUCUACUUUAAGGGUCAGUGGAAGCACAAAUUUAACAGACAUAACGGCAUGACGACCAAAUUCCACGUCAGUGAGACCCAUAGCUGCAGCGUGCACAUGAUGUACCAGGAGAGCCAGCUCCGCUUCGGGAAUUUCCCAGACGAUAAAGUCAAGGUCCUCGAGAUGUUCUACAACGGAGGAGGCAUCUCGAUGGUGCUGGUAUUGCCGAACGAAAACACCAAACUCGCAGAGGUGGAGGAGAAUUUAACUCUCAAGAAACUCAGCGGCUGGUUGAGCGGCAUGACUGAGAAAUCAGUGGCGGUGCAUUUCCCUCGUUUCCACAUUGAGGACAGCUUCAGUCUCAAAGAGAAGCUGCAGGCCAUGGGUCUCAUGGACAUCUUCAGUUCAGAGCAUGCCAGCCUCCCAGGAAUGGUGGCUGAUCUACAAAAUUAUCUGUAUGUCACUGAUGCUUUUCACAAAUCUUUCCUUGAGGUGAACGAAGAGGGCAGCGAGGCCGCUGCCACCACCGCUCUGGUAUUUGCUGGCCGCUCACUCAACCCGAACCGCGAGGUGUUUUACGCUGAUCAUCCGUUCCUGCUCUUCAUCAGAGAAUCUACCAUCAACACACUGAUCUUUGCGGGUCGUGUAGCCAAUCCCUGCAGCUAGAGAGAUAGAUUUACUCCUUUACUUAUAACCAGUGAGUAAAAGACAGAGGAAAAGUAAUCCUAAGAUGUUAUUACGUGCAUUCAACGGGUGGUGGGAUGCUGUUCUAGUUACUUUAUUAUUCAUCACAAAUAAACCUGAAAUUCCUCUCACGGCCUGCUGCGUACGUUAUAAAGCCCUGCUCGCACAUGAUCAGGCUCACAUCGGGACCCAAAGUCUUCUUGAUCAGAGUUGUAAACAUUUCAUACCUUCCGUAAACCAAACCGCCAACUUCUGCCAAUGUAUUACACGCAAUGUACAGUACAUGUGUAAUAAACAGGCAGGAUUUGGGAUUCAUCGUGUGUAAUAUAAAGCCAUGCAUGUUAAAGAGGGUUAAUGAUGGGGAGUCAAUAAAUAAAAUAAAAAGUAAUUGUUUUAAUUACAUUAAUGUAAUCGCUGUCCGUAUGCCGAAGUUUCACUAGUGAAUGAAUGCAUUUAUUGGUCAUAUUCGUAAACAGAACAAUGAAAUUCUUUCUUCGCA